GUCAAAAGUUUGAGAGUGAAGAGAAUGGUGAAUGUAUCCUGGAUUGAGCAUUUGAAAAAUAAAUCAAUUUUGCAUACGAAUAAUUAUUUAGGUUUAUAUUAAACAUGGUGAAACUAACAGCUGAACUAAUACAAAAUUCUAUGCAAUAUAUAAAUCCUGUUAAAGACAGGGAACUAGAUUUAAGAGGAUAUCGAAUACCAGAAAUUGAAAAUUUAGGUGCAACAGGGGAUCAGUUUGAUACCGUAGAUUUUUCUGAUAACGAUAUAAGGAAACUUGAUGGUUUUCCAUAUUUAAAGAGGUUGAAGUGUUUGCUGUUGAACAAUAAUCGGAUUGUGCGUAUUGGUGAACAUUUAGAGGAAUAUAUACCCAACUUAGAAAGCCUUAUUCUUACUGGAAAUCAAAUUGCUGAUCUUGGAGAUAUUGAUCCUUUGGUUAGCCUCGAAAAACUUACUACUUUAAGUCUUAUGCACAAUCCUGUUACAGCAAAACAACAUUAUAGGUUAUAUGUAAUUUAUAGGCUUCCUCAGUUGAAACUACUUGAUUUCAGAAAAAUUAAAUUGAAAGAACGUGAUGAAGCUAGAACGCUAUUUAAAAGUAAAAAGGGCAAGGAAAUGCAAAAAGAAAUAUCCAAACGAGCAAAAACGUUUGUACCUGGAGGAGGCAUUAACAAUAUAGCUAAAAAUAAAGGAUUGAGUGAUGAAGAAGUAAGGAAAAUAAGGGAUGCAAUUAAUAAAGCUAGUUCGCUUGAAGAAGUAGAACGAUUACAGAAAAUUUUACAAUCGGGUCAAAUCCCUGGAAAUGACAUUAAUGGCAAACAACAAAAUGGUCAUGAGAUGGAUUAUGAAUAAAACCUCAUUUUUUUGGUAAUGUAUACCACUGUAUGAAAAUUUUUUAUAAUUUUUUUAUUAAGCUGUAAACGCAGUUACAUUUUUGUAACAUGUAGAUAUAAGUUGAUAAGAACAUUAUAAUUUGUCUAUAAAUAAUAAAAUAUUUUGUCUGCGUAAAAUUAAUGAGUUACUAAGGUUGAGAAGCGAUAUAUAUGUUAGGUAAUUUAUUAACUGCAUAUUGGCAUCAAUUAACAACUAAAUGCUGCUACAAAGUGAAGUUUAAUUUUUUUUAUUUUGUUUUUAAAGACAGAAAUGAAGUGAAAAGAGAAGUAAUUUUAUAUCUUUGAAAA